CAAUUCUUUCGAGUCAUGUAAACAGAAUUAAUCAUUGACCUUUUUCGAUUUAUUGAUAUUAGACUGAAGGGUAGAUAUUUGGUUGUAAUACGAUUUAGUCGAAAAUAUUUUAUUCACUUAUCGACUGCAGUUCGAUCCAUAUUAAAAAUUUUAUAAUAUUUAAAAUGAAAUCAGUAUUAGUGGCAGUUAUUGUAUGUUUAGUUAUAAUUGACGUGUUUUGUUCGUUAGAAAAUGAAUGGUCACAAUUUAAGUUAAAUUAUAACAAAAAGUACAAAUCGCAAAUAGAAGAUGCAAGAAGAUUUAGCGUAUUCAAGAAGAAUUUAAUAGAAAUAACUAGACAUAACAGACGUUUUAAAAAAAGAUUGGAAACGUUCGAAAAAGGAAUAACAGUGUUUGCAGAUUUAACAAAGAAACAAUUUGAUAAAAAGUAUGGUUUAGGUUUACAAAAUAAUUUAAAUAUGACGAGCACUUAUGGUUUGAAUAGUAGAUCACCAGAUUCGAUAAAUUUUGAUAUGGAACCAAGAAGUAGAGAGCAAGCUGAAAGAAGAGGAGAGAACGUAUCAACAGACUAUUUAGAUUGGAGAGAAAAAGGUGCUGUAACUCAUGUUAAAGAACAAGGAGUUUGUGGAGCCUGUUGGAUAUUUAGUGCAAUUGGAAUGUUGGAAGGUUACAACUUCAUAAAAACUGGCCAACUAAUAUCACUAAGUGAACAGAACGUUGUUGACUGUUUUUCUGAUGAAACAUGUUACGGGGGAUAUACUUGGGACGCAAUUCUUCACGUUAAAAAUAAUGGUAUAAGUAAAGAGACCGAUUAUCCUUAUAGAAAAAAACAUACUAGAUGUAAAAAGAAAGUACCCAAGAUUAAAAUCAAUUUCAAAGGAUUUGAUUUUGUAAAUGAAACUGAGAAUGAUCUUAAAAGUUCGUUGGCGAAAUAUGGACCAAUAGGAGUUAGUUUAUUCGUUUCUGGUAAUUGGAGAUUAUAUAAAAGAGGAGUUUGGUAUGAAAAAAAUUGUUCCACUCUCGCUAACCAUUCUGUUCUCUUAGUGGGAUAUGGUACAGAAAAUGGAGAAGACUAUUGGUUAAUUAAAAAUUCUUGGGGACCGCUAUGGGGAGAAGAUGGAUAUAUUAAAAUUGCCAGGAAUAAGGAAGAAAAUUAUUGUGGCUUAACAAACGAAGCUAUGUAUAUUUUUUAAUAAAAUAUUAUUUAUUUCCUUCUUGUUUGAACAUAUGAGUGAAAAUGACGAAAAGAAAAUGAACAUUACUAAAAACCAAAUUAGUAAAUAUAGCAAAAGUGUCUCUUAGUUAAUGGUGUUUUGCUUGUUUCAAUAUUUAUGCUUUUUCUAUUAAUUUAAAACAAAAAUCAUCCGAACUCAAAUAUUUCAUAUUCAAUUAAAAUUCCGAAUCAAAGUAUUUAAAAAAAUAAUAUUUCCUAAAUUUCUGAGAACAAGACAUUGUAAAAUCAAAAGAAUGUUGAAAAUUAGUGUAACAUCGAUAAAAAAUAAUCAC